AUGUUCUCUUUCGGGCUCGUUGGGUUACUGACGGGCAACUGGGCUGGGGAGCGGCGGGUGACGAGUGCCCGGGAUUCGGGGAGGGGCAGGCCCUGGGCAGCGGCUCUCACCGGCCUUGGAGCGCUGGAAGGCGGGAGAACAGCCCUGCUGGGGGCCCGCCGCUGAGCGACCCGGCCUCCUCUCUCCCCGGGCCCCCCAGUCCGCCUCGGGACCGAGACAUCCCCUGGCCCGUGAUCCUGAGCCGUCCCCCGACCGGUUUCACUUCUUUGUCUCGGAAUGUUCUCAGAUCUCCUGGCACAAGAGAACCAUGGUGGCAACAUGGACACGAGAGAUCGCGUCUGCUCUUCCCUCAUUAGCUUCUGGUUGGGCUCAGACCUGCGUCGAGGAGCCUGGAGAUUUGAAAAUGAACCCCACGGACACAGCAGACACCACCAUGGAUGAAAGCAUCUAUCACAAUUACUAUCUCUAUGAAAACAUCCCCAAGCCUUGCACCAAAGAAGGCGUCAAGGCGUUCGGGGGGCUCUUCCUGCCCCCUCUCUACUCCUUGGUCUUUCUGUUCGGUCUCCUGGGCAAUUCUGUGGUAGUUUUGGUCUUGUUCAAGUACAAGAGGCUCAAGUCCAUGACUGACGUGUACCUGCUCAACCUCGCCAUCUCAGACCUGCUCUUCGUGUUCUCCCUCCCUUUCUGGGGCUACUAUGCCGCAGACCAGUGGGUUUUUGGACUGGGUCUCUGCAAGAUUAUUUCCUGGAUGUACUUGGUGGGCUUUUACAGUGGCAUCUUCUUCGUCAUGCUCAUGAGCAUCGACAGAUACCUGGCGAUAGUGCACGCGGUGUUUUCCUUGAGAGCGAGGACCUUGACUUACGGGGUCAUCACCAGCUUGGCCACGUGGUCCGUGGCCGUGCUGGCCUCUCUUCCAGGCUUCUUAUUCAGCACCUGUUACACGGAGCGCAACCACACCUACUGCAAAACCAAGUACUCUCUCAACUCCACGAGGUGGAAGGUGCUGAGCUCCCUGGAGAUCAACAUUCUGGGGUUGGUGAUCCCCUUGGGCACCAUGCUGUUCUGCUACUCCAUGAUCAUCAGGACCCUGCAGCACUGCAAAAACGAGAAGAAAAGCAAGGCGGUGAGGAUGGUCUUUGCCGUGGUGGCCCUCUUCCUGGGUUUCUGGGCGCCGUACAACGUGGUGCUCUUCCUGGAGACCCUGGUGGAGCUGGAGGUCCUUCAGGAUUGCACCUUUGAGAGGCACCUGGACUAUGCCAUUCAGGCCACGGAGACCCUGGCUUUCGUUCACUGCUGCCUCAACCCGGUCAUCUACUUCUUCCUCGGGGAGAAAUUCCGCAAGUACCUCGUACAGCUCUUCAAAUCCUGCCGGGGCCCCUUCGUGCCCUGUCAAUACUGCAGGAUCCUCCAGCUCUACUCCCCCGACACUCCCAGCUCGUCCUACACGCAGUCCACCGGGGACCACGAUCUCCACGAUGCUCUGUGAGCAAGGAAGAGGCGCAAGUCGGAGCGAAGCCUCCCAAAGGAAGAGCUUACUUAAACUUGUAUUAUAGUAAGAGUUCCUGAGCCAGUGGCGGGAGGACUUCCAUCCACUGCUGAGCGUGGGCCUCUCACCCCACGGUCAGCUCCUCCUCUUGCCAUCUGCGAGUGUGGGGGGCGAGAGCACACCCGGGCCCCCGCAUCCCCCCCCCUCCCCGCCCCAGGCUUGCCUGCAGGGCUGAGUGAGCAGAAGGAGGAUUCUGACCCGCAUCUCAACGAGGUUACACAGAACACUGUGCGGGAAGGACCAUUCAUUCGCCUCUAACCUGCACUGAUGGAGCUCUCUAGGGGGACCCGCGCAGAACUGAAUGGUGGAGUCUAUCGCUCCUUCUUGCUAUGAAAAAUGGGCCCUUUAAUUACUUUCUAGCUUUUGUGGAACGAUAUAGAAAACUUUGACACGCUGUCCUGGGGUUUUUCUGAUAAUAUAGCUGGAGGAUGGUGGAUCCCCUGGAGCCGGGUGUGUGCAGAAACAGAUAGUGAAGUAAUGAACCUCUGCCUUGAUUCUUUUACCUUAAAGGAUUAUUUGUGAAUGGAAGCCAAACUUUCGAUGCUGAUUCCAAGUGUGAGGAUGUGGUGCAAAGGCAUUAGCAAGGUCUGAUGUCCAAACGUGAAAUACAAGGCAUUAAAAAAUCCAAACAUA